AGCGCUGGCUUUGAAGAGGUUGCGCAGGCACCACGGCAGGACCUUGCCAUGUUUGGUGCCACUCAGCCUUUUGGCGGAGGAGGCUUUGGUGCAACCGGGGGCGGGUUGUUUGGAGGUGGAUGUGGUGGCGGAUGUGGUGGAUGUGGAGGCUGCGGAGGAUGUGGCGGCUUUGGCACCCCACAGAUCAAGGACCCAAACACCAAUCAGGACGCUCCUGUGCCAGAAGGUCCCAGUGAUUCUAUCAGCUGCUUGCGGUGGUCGCCAUUUGCAAACAUUUUCGCAUGUGGUUCCUGGGACAAGAGUGUUCGCAUUUGGGAGGUCACAGCCCAGAAUAUUGCCCCACGUAUGGCUUACAACCAUGAGGCGCCAGUCCUUUGCUGCGCCUUCUCCAAGGAUGGGCAGCGGAUAUUCAGCGGCGGCUGUGACAACAAGGUGAAGAUGAAAGUCCUCCAGACGCAGCAGGAACAACAAAUAGGUCAGCAUGACGCACCUGUCAAGGAGGUCUUUGUGCUGGAUGAAAUGAAUAUGGUUGUUUCCGGCAGCUGGGAUCGGACGUUGAGAUUCUGGAAUUUGCAGCAGCCGACGCCAGUGGCAACUCUCCAACUGCCAGAGCGAGUGUACACAAUGGAUGUGAAAUUCCCUUUGCUUGUGGUGGGCUGCGCGGAGAGGCAUGUGCUGGUGUACAACCUGCAAGCCAUCCAGCAGAACCCGAACCCUUACAAGCAAGGCCAAACUGCUCUGAAAAUGCAGACACGUGCGAUUAGUUGCUUUCCAGAUAAGACUGGCUACGCAGUGGGAUCUAUAGAGGGCCGCUGCUCCAUAGCAUACAUCGAGGAUACCUCGAAGAACUUUGCCUUCAAGUGCCAUCGAACCAAUACCGAAAUCUACGCGGUGAACGACAUAGAUUUCCAUCCGCAGAUGGGGACGUUUGCUACCUGCGGCGGUGACGGCACCUUCGUGUGCUGGGACAAGGAGAAUCGACAGCGCUUGAAAGCCUUUAACUCCUGUCACUAUCCCAUCACAGCUGGAAAGUUCAAUGCAGCAGGGGACAUGUACGCAGCGUGGUUCGCACUUGCACCAGAAAAGUGAGUGGCAGAAUACUUUCAGUUGCUAUUUUGUAGGUUGGAGGCCAUCGCUAGUAGAAGAGUGCAGGAGGGGCAGAAUACGUUCAUUUGCUUUACAUACCUUCGCUGCACACACAGUCUGCCCAACCGCAACUGUUUCGGUGCUUCGAGGCAUAUGCUGUGUCCUAUGAUUGGAGUAGAGGUCACGAGCAGAACCAUCCCUCUUUACCAAAGGGGGUCUUGGUUCACAAAGUGCAGGCUACUGAAGUCCAACCAAAGAGUGGUGUUGGACAACGUUCCAAGCGGUGAGGAUGGUACGUCAAUCUCUUGUCCGCAAGACGCGUGAGGCUAGACCAAUUGAGGCAAUCUUGGCCAGGGGUGCUCUUGUACAGCCACCCUUGGGCAGAGCUCACUGAGCUGUGCCAGGCACGACUUGCUCAAUUAUCAUGUCUCACACCACUCCACACGAGCAGGA